AUGGGACAUGAUCAGGUCUACUACGGCCAUUCAAAGAGAAGUGGUAAUGUAGGACUGCAUAUGCGUGAAGACGACGAGUGGGCGCAAAGCUAUCACCAGCAGUGGGCAAUGGGGUACAGGCAACAGUGGACAGCCGGAUAUCAGGACCCGCUGAGGGAUGGCUGGCAUGACUUCGACUAUCGCAGGCACAUGAGAAGGGGGAGUCCACCAGGUACUCCAAUAGGGCAGGCUUUUUGA